UGUGGUAGGGACACACAAGGUAAGUGGGUGUGAGCUGGCUGACAGUGUGAGGAGGAAGUCCAUGGCCCGGGCUCCAUUCCUGUCGCUCUGCCUCCAUAGUGUGAGAUCAGUAAGAGCGCUGCUCAUUGAUGCAAUGCGGUCUCUCUGGCUGUAAAUUGAGGAGGAGGAGGAGGGGGAGCCAGCGGCUGAUGGCUCAGUGCCAAUAUAACUUAUCCUGGAAGCUGCGCCGAGCGCAAGCAUGUAUCGGGAGGAAUGGCUGCUCCAGGAGACAGUGUGCCAUCAUCGGCUGCCUGGCCGUCCUGCUGCUCGGCGCUCUGCUGCUCUACUCGCGGUCCCUGGCCUCCACUCUGCAUGGACACGGCCAGCCUGUCAACACCAGACCUAUCAUCGGAAUAUUGACACAGGAGACAAUUUUUGAAGAGUGGGAAUUGCAUGGCUCAUCGUACAUUGCUGCCUCUUAUGUGAAAAGCAUUGAAUCUGCAGGAGCAAGAGUCAUCCCUAUAAUGAUCAAUCUUCCUGAGGAAGAAUAUGUGAAGAUAUUCAAUUCCAUUAAUGGGAUUCUCCUUCCAGGUGGUAUUGUUGACCUUAGACACUCGGGAUAUGCUAAAGCAGCCAAGAUCUUUUAUGACCUGGCCCUAAAGGCUAAUGACAAUGGUGACUAUUUCCCGAUCUGGGGAACAUGUCUCGGAUUUGAAGAACUAACUUAUCUUACAAGUGGGGAACUGUUACUAACAUUGACCGAUACAGAAGAUGUUUCAUUACCUCUGAAAUUCAGUCAAGAUGCCUUAAGAAGCAAGUUAUUUAGAAAUAUUCCAAAGGAUCUGUAUGAUAAUCUUUCCAAAUUACCCAUAACAUCAAACUUUCACUCCUGGAGCUUGUCUGUGCAGAAUUUUACAGCUAAUGAGAAAUUGAAAAAGUUCUACAAUGUUUUGUCAACAAAUUCCGAUGGCACAGUGGAAUUUAUUUCUACAUUUGAAGCAUAUGAUUAUCCAAUCUAUGGAGUUCAAUGGCAUCCUGAAAAAAUUUCGUUUGAGUGGAAGAUAGCACCUGGAAUCUCACACACAGCAGAGGCGGUGUAUGCAUCAUUUUAUAUGGCCGAGUUCUUUGUUAACGAAGCAAGAAAAAGUCUACAUAAAUUUCCAGACACCACGCAAGAAAAUGAAGCUCUAAUCUACAAUUACUGCCCAAAGUACACUGGAAAAAUCUUUGACCAAAUGUAUUUUUUCUGAACAUUUAUUUUCAUGUGGCUUUGCUAUAUCUUUUUUUCCCCUUCUGCAUCUAUUGCAACUCUGCGAGUAACAAAUGAAUUUACACUGAUCUAUCUGAUUGCAUUUCUAAAGAAGAAAAACUCCAGUAACUUUUUGCUUGGUUUCCCAAGAAUUUUUUUUUUCACUGUAUAGAGCACAUAUUGUUACAUUAAACAAAACAAGCCAAAUGCAUUUAGGCAGGGGCGUAUUAGCCGCGAGGCAAACAAGGCAUUUGCCUUGGGCGGCAUUUUCCAGGGGGGGCAAAAAAAUCCGCCCCCAAAUGCCCAGGGCAAAUGUCUUGUUAGCCUUGCGGCUAACAGACAUGCUGGGCUGCCGG